CACUGGCCAGAACGAAUGCGUCAAAGCGGAGACCAACCAAUCAGAAACUUCCUAAGCAGUUCGUGGAGCGAGUUUUACCUGAAAUGGAGUCCGGUGACUGUCCUGAGAAGAACAUUCAGUUUAGGGUGGACCACUUAUUAACUGCGGUAGAAAAUGAGCUUCAAGUUGGCAGCGAGAAAGGAGAUCCGACGGAAAGAGAGCUUAAAGUCGGUUUGGAUGAAAAUGAACUUUGGCAGAAAUUCAAAGAACUGACGAAUGAGAUGAUAGUGACCAAGAAUGGCAGGCGCAUGUUUCCAGUGCUAAAGGUAAAUAUAUCGGGUCUAGAUCCAAACGCCAUGUACUCUUUCCUACUGGAUUUCGUCCCAGCGGACAAUCACCGGUGGAAGUAUGUGAACGGUGAGUGGGUACCGGGCGGCAAACCCGAGCCACAAGCCCCGAGCUGCGUGUACAUCCACCCGGACUCGCCAAACUUCGGCGCGCACUGGAUGAAGAGCUCCGUGUCCUUCAGUAAAGUCAAACUCACCAACAAACUCAACGGAGGAGGGCAGAUUAUGUUGAACUCGCUGCACAAAUAUGAGCCGCGUAUCCACAUAGUUCGAGUUGGUGGUCCACAGAGGAUGAUCACCACUCACUCUUUUCCCGAAACACAGUUCAUUGCAGUUACUGCCUAUCAAAAUGAAGAGAUUACAGCCCUCAAAAUUAAACACAACCCAUUCGCCAAAGCUUUUCUGGAUACCAAGGAAAGAAGUGAUCAUAAGGACAUCAUUGAGGAUGUCAGUGAAAGUCAGCAGUCUGGUUAUUCUCAAUUAAGCAGCUGGUUUCUGCCAUCUGCAGGGUCACUGUGUCCAUCUGCAAACCCUCACGCACAGUUCAACAGUGCACUGUCUCUGUCUUCGUCCCACGGCUGUGAACGUUACUCCACUCUUAGGAGCCACCGAUCCGCACCGUACAGCAGCCCGUAUGCUCACCGCACAGCCUCUCCUACUGGUUAUUCUGACAGCUCCACAUGUCUGUCCAUGUUGCCUUCCCAUGAUAACUGGUCCAGUCUACAGAUGUCCUCUCACUCCAGUGUGCUGCCGAUGGGCCACAGCUCUGGCCCAAACUCAAACACCAGCCAGUACACCAGCUUGUGGUCUGUAGGGAACUCCUCUCAGUCUGGAAGUAUGAGCAGCAGUCUGGGCUCUCACUUCCUCCGUGGCUCGGCCGGUCACUACAGCAGUCUCGCUCACCCACUCACAGCGACCUCUUCUGGCUCUCCUUUGUAUGACUCCACGGCUGCUUCAGAGGCUUCACAAUAUGACACUGCAGCCCAUACUCGCCUUCCUACAGCAUGGACCCAAGUGGCACCACCAUCCUUAUAAAAGUCAACCCUACGGACUAAAGUUAAGCCAUGUACAGCUGAACUCUCCUUGCUUUCAAGUAGGGUUGUCAAGGUAUGUUCUUAUGGGGUGUUCACACCAGACAGGGUUGGCGUGAAUAGAUUGCGUUAUUCACACGUAGUGAAGCUUAUUUAGAAACUAAUUUCGAGCGGAUCACGUGCUUAUGAUUGCUUGCGGCUGGUCCCGCAUUAUUCAACUUAUGAUUCACCAAUCAGACGUUUUCUAAGCCACCAUAAACACCCUAAGUUCCAUAUCACAGCCAUCUUCGUUUUGAAAAAUCCCCCCUUCCACCCCUACUCCUCCUCUUUUCCUAGAUGGGUGGCAUGGUGGCUUAGUGGUUAGCAUUGUUGCCUCACAGCAAGAACAUCACUGAUUCUAGUCUUUACCAAGCCAGUCGACGUUUCUGUGGGGAGUUUACACGUUCUCCCCAUGCUCACGUAGGGUUUAUCACGGGUUCCCGGUUUCCUCUCACCGUCCAAAAACAUACAACUUAAGUUAAUUGACUAAUCCAAAUCGGCACCAUAGACAUGCUCCUAGUAAGUAGUUAUCUCUUAAGAGCAAUCACUAUCUGCUCAUUAGCUACUACGGCAGAAGAGUUCUCGAGAUCUACCUGAGCUCAAACUCCCCUCUUGCCUUGCAAACGGGAGGGAGCCCCUGGGCUCGAGGAUCUUAUAAGCUCAGGGCUCUCUCCCGGGACAGCAUGCUAAACAAGCGUUAUAAUCAAUCAUCAGCUAAGUGUGAACUCUUGAAACUAGACACGUGGACAAUUUGAGUUUACUCAUUUACUUCAUUUGCAUGGCAAAUUCACUUCACAAUAGACACGUAUUGGCGUCAUAGGCGGGAUGUCUGUCUGCCCAGUGACUCCAGUUUCGUUGCUAAAUGGCUGACAUGGAUUUUAUUGAGAGAGUAGCUUUGCUUUAUGUGCUUUAAGAAUGCUGGAAAACAGCGUAGAUUCGUUCGGUGCCAUGUCUGGGUCCAAUGGUUCCUUCAGAAUUGCACCCAGCUCUGUGAGUUCAUCAACUCCAAGCUUCUCCUGGAUGACGUAUGAUUUCUGUGGUACUUCUGACUGAGCCGGUCCCAGUUUGAUGAGCUGUUGUCGGGUGUCGGCAGGAGAAUUUCCCCUCGGGACACCAACUACAGGUGCUAUGUCAUAAUCACUCCCCUACUAGAGCAAGCUCCUGAUUGGAUAACAUGUCGUGAAUGUCCAUCAAGGUUCAUCAUUCGCUCGAUUCGUGUCAUUCGAGUGAAUAGUGUCGCAGGAUGCCUAAUUGCGUCUAUACAUUGACUUAACAUGGAAAACAUUUGGGCUUGUUGCUUCAUCUGUGUCUGGUGUGACGGAACCAUAAAACACAGCUCAUUGGCCGUUGUGCUCACACGCUCAAACAGAAACUGACUGUGAUUGGUCGAGAAGGUUCACCGCUCUUCACCACUAUGCACCAAGUGCAAACACAGAUACACGAACACUAGAGUGUUUUAAAGCUGCGUCCAUCCAUCAGCGGAUCACUUGUAUAUCAGCUCAUUGACAGACCAGCUGAUUGAUGCGACUUUGAAAUUCUCCAGUGUCUGAUUUGGUCAACAGCAGUGAAGAACGGUGAACUGAUGACCUUGACAGCCAAUCACAGUCAUUUCUGUUGAGCACGUGAACACAACGGCCAAUCAACGGUGUUUAAGAAUGAGCUGAAAUGUUAGUGGGAACUGUACGUUUUUAAAAUUUCAGUAGCGAUUGGUACCAAACUCGAUACUUUUGACAACCCUGCUUUCAAGUAACAACUUUUUCCACCAACGUAGUAGUUACAUUGGAGGUUAGUGUGAUUUCACCAAGUAGGACAUGUUUCUGGAUCAACAACGUUCCAAUCAGCCAAUCAGAUUGAAGGGAUAAGUUUACUUUUCAACUUAGGGUUACGUGCUUCUACAUCAUUGUUAUACAUUUAUUUAUCCUACAGUUAGGGGUAGGGAUUAGGUAGGGAUUCUAGUUGAUCAUUUAAAAAAAGUGGCAGAAGGUCAAUUUUUCUGUUGAAUCAUCAGUUCAAUUCAAUCUCACAAUUCACAUUAGCAAGCAAGUGUUAUGUAAUUUAGUUUUAGAGUACUUCCGGUUCAGACCAUGAAGGUCACUUAGGGCUUUUAAAUAUACAAGUAACCAUUCUUAAGGAAUAAUGCACAUAAGGGUUAUUUAUAUUUUGUCCUAUUAUAAAG